UGUCGUCGGUAUUGAUAAUGCGAAGUAAGAUCUGUGGGCUGUGGACUGUAUUUUUGAAGAGAGAUUAAAUAUUAAUUAUUUUGGAUGAAAGCCACACAUUUUGGUAUAUAUAUAUGUUACAGAUCAGUCUAUAGUUACCAUCAUUUGUUUCUGGAAAGGGAUUUGAUUUUCAGGAAUACUGUUUUUAGUGGAAUAUUUUUAUACGAAAGAAUAAUUUCAUGUUUGGUUGUUAUCAUGGUGACUAGACAUUACAAUAUUUCAUCCCCAGAUGACAGUGGUCAGGGUACCAUUAGAAAACCUGCAAGGCCAGUACUCCUUGCAGCUGUUUCCUCCGUCCUAGUUAGUGACAGCAGCAUGCACCCACAGUCAGGGUUCGAACUCAUGACUUUAUAGUUACAAGGCAAGCCAGCUCGUAGACGAUUAAGCCACUGUCACCUGAAUCGAUCCAGUGGCCAUCCUAUCAAUUCCAGCUUCUGCUAUUUCGAGAACAGUAGGGUACAGAAGGUUGAGCGUGAGGACAAAUACUC